CUCCUUCAGCCGAGAGGCUCCUUCCCGGGGCAACAAGGGCGACCGCGAGGACAGGUAAAGCGAAGGGAGCCACAGAGUACGCGUGGGCCUGAAACCCUUGCCGUCUUCUCAAUGAUGCUUCUAGGUGUCGCUUCCCCUCAAAAGAGAUAGUUUUCACCUGGGUAGACUCUGCUCUGAGAAGUGAGCAACGCGCCUGCGCGAAAGAGCCAACAUGGCUGCCUUCGACGCUUGCGCAUGAGAGCCUAGGCGGUGGCAGGCAGCGCCUGCGCACCAAGGCAAGGCAGCGGCUUGCGCCUGCGCGGCGCGGCGCUGCGGAAACCGUUGGCUUAUUUGCAUCUCCCCGCCUCGCCUGGCGGUGGAUAAGGAGUCUGAGGAGGCGGUAGCGGCGGCGGGGGCGGCACCGCGCGCAGCAGGCUCUGGGAAAGAGAAACAUGGCAGCAAGGCGGAUGGCGCAGGAGUCUUUGGACAGCGUAUUACAGGAGAAAUCUAAACGGUACGGGGAUUCUGAAGCUGUUGGUGAAGCUCUCCAUCUUAAAGCUCAAGAUCUCUUAAGGACGGGCUCAAGAGCCAGAACAGAUGUCUAUGAGGACAUUCAUGGUGAUAGCAGGUACUCUGCCAGCGGAUCUGGAGUAUACUCACUAGACUUGGGAAGAGAGGGUCUAAGAAGUGACAUGUUUGUGGGACCCUCCUUCAGAUCUAGCAACCAGUCGGUUGGUGAGGACAGCUAUCUUCGCAAAGAAUGUGGCCGGGAUCUGGAACAAGCCCAUACUGACUCCCGGGACCAGAGUUUUAGCCAGCGGAACCUGGGACCUUUUCCUUCUCAGGACUGGAAGCUUGCGCUCCGUGGCUCUUGGGAACAAGACUUGGGUCACUCAGUUUCUCAAGAGUCUUCCUGGUCACAGGAAUAUGGUUUUGGGCCCUCGUUGUUAGGAGACUUGGCCUCCUCCAGGCGGAUGGAGAAGGAAAGUCGGGAUUAUGAUCUGGACCAUCCUGGGGAGGUGGACUCUGUGUCUAGAAGCAGUGGGCAAGUCCUGGCCAGAGGCCGGUCUUUAAACAUGGCUGACCAGGAAGGCACCCUACUAGGAAAGGGGGACACUCAGGGUCUGCUUGGAGCAAAGGGUGUUGGGAAGCUUAUCACACUGAAAGGAAUGACCACGAAGAAAAUACCUGUUGUCAGUCAUAUUACUUCCAAACCUCAGGGCACUAACCAAAUCCAGAAAGCCACCCCAAGUCCUGAUGUGACCCUUGGGACAAAUCCAGUGCUGGAUGAAAUCCAGUUCGCUGCUCUGAAGAUUCCCUUGGGGCUGGACCUUAGGACCCUCGGCUUCCCCAAAAGAAAGAUGGGUUUUGAUGCCAUAGACAAGGCAGAUGUGUUCUCAAGGUUUGGCAUAGAGAUCAUCAAGUGGGCAGGAUUCCACACUAUCAAGGAUGACCUCAAGUUUUCCCAGCUCUUCCAGACUCUGUUUGAACUGGAAACUGAGACCUGUGCCAAGAUGCUAGCCUCCUUCAAAUGUUCCUUGAAGCCGGAGCACAGAGAUUUCUGCUUUUUUACCAUCAAGUUUCUAAAGCACUCUGCUUUGAAAACCCCUCGAGUUGAUAAUGAGUUUUUAAACAUGCUUUUAGACAAAGGUGCUGUGAAGACCAAAAACUGCUUUUUUGAGAUCAUCAAGCCCUUCGACAAGUACAUCAUGCGGCUCCAGGACCGACUGCUGAAGGGCGUUACGCCUUUACUCAUGGCCUGUAAUGCCUAUGAGCUGAGUGUCAAGAUGAAGACCCUCACUAGCCCACUGGACCUGGCUGUGGCCCUGGAGACCACCAACUCUCUUUGCAGGAAGUCCCUGGCACUCUUAGGCCAGACCUUCUCCUUGGCUUCUUCCUUCCGGCAGGAGAAGAUCCUAGAGGCUGUGGGCCUCCAAGACAUUGCCCCAUCUCCAGCUUACUUCCCAAAUUUUGAGGACUCCACUUUGUUCGGAAGGGAGUACAUAGACCACCUGAAGGCCUGGCUCAUGGCCAGUGGCUAUCCCCUCCAGGUCAAGAGGGCUGUGCCCCCAGAGCCCCGAGAACAGAAAACCACAGCUCAGACCUGGGCUGCAAGCACACUGAGCCAAGCAGUUCCCCAGCGGGCGGAUCACAGGGUGGUGGACACCAUUGACCAGCUUGUCAUGCGUGUCAUCCAAGGAAGGCUAUCUCCCAGAGAGAGAACACUUCUCCUGCAGGACCCUGCUUACUGGUUUCUGUCUGAUGAAAGCAGCCUGGAGUAUAAGUACUAUAAGCUGAAGCUGGCAGAGUCACAGCGACUGAACCACAGCUGGCCCAUCGUGGAGCGGAGGCCAACACCAGCACAGUGUGCGGUGCGUGCCAUGCUGUAUGCACAAGCUGUGCGGAGCCUCAAGCGCAGACUCCUCCCAUGGCAGCGCAGGCGGCUGCUUCGCUCCCAGGGUCCUCGAGGCCUUAAGGCCAAGAAGGCCACCAUCGCCCAGCAGACAUCCCUGUCCUCAGGCACUCGGCAGAAACACCAUGGCCGCCAGGCUUCUGGCUCCUUGAGGGUGAAGCCACCACCACGGGAUUCAAGUGAUGCUGCCCAGGACUGCCUACCAGAGCCUGCCAAACCUCGUCCUCAGCCCUCCAGCCCUGGAGCCUUGGGCCCGUCUCCUCGGCCAACAGCAGGAGAUGACUCGGAAGCCCUGCCAGCUUCUUCUCGAUGCCCCUCUGCUAAUAUGGAUGCAAAGACCAUGGAGACUGCUGAGAAGCUGGCCAGAUUUGUGGCUCAGGUCGGCCCUGAAAUUGAGCAGUUCAGCAUAGAGAACAGCACUGACAACCCUGACCUGUGGUUCCUGCAUGACCAGAGCAGUACAGCUUUCAAGUUCUACCGAGAGAAGGUGCUGGAACUGUGCCCAUCUAUCUCCUUCCAGUCCACUGGUGAGGCGGAGUACUCAGUACAGAGCCCCACAUCCGGCAAAGAGGGUAAGGGUGAGCCACAGGAGGGACACCCUGAGCAGGAGGCUGCACUGGAAGACCCCGAGGUACUGCCUGAGGAGGAAGAGGAAGAUGAGGAGGAGAGUGAGGAGGACGAGGGCGGAGAGGAGACCUGCACUCUGAGGCCACAGGCAGAAGAUGCCAAAUGUCCAGGCUCCGAGGGCAGUUCUCCUACUGACAGCAUCCCCGGAGAGGGCUCAAAGGAGGACCAGGCCGGCACCCCUGGCCUGUCACAGUCCUCCUCUGGCAGCUGCUUCCCCAGGAAGAGAAUCAGCAGCAAGUCGCUGAAAGUUGGCAUGAUCCCUGCCCCAAAGAGAGUAUGUCUCAUCCAGGAGUCAAAGGUCCACGAACCAGUUCGAAUUGCCUAUGACAGGCCGCGGGGUCGUCCUAUAGCCAAAAAGAAGAAACCCAAGGACCUGGAGUUUUCCCAGCAGAAACUGACAGACAAGAACGUGGGCUUCCAGAUGCUGCAGAAGAUGGGCUGGAAGGAAGGCCACGGCCUGGGCUCCCUCGGCAAAGGCAUCCGAGAGCCCGUCAGCGUGGGGACUCUCUCAGAAGGAGAGGGCCUGGGAGCUGAUGGGCCUGAGCAGAAAGAAGACACCUUUGACGUCUUCCGCCAGCGCAUGAUGCAGAUGUACAGACACAAGCGGGCCAGCAAAUAGAUCAGAGCCACUGGCGACAGAGAUAAGCCUCGAAGCAGCCUUGCCCUUCCCGUCACCCUGCCCCGGACGCCUGCAGCCUGAGCCUCGGUGUGUACUCGGCCAGCUCCACAUCCCUAGGUCAGGUUCCACCAGGCCUUGCCACUCUGCACAGUGCAGCGGCCACUCAGGCACCCUUGUCUGUCCUGCUUCUGACUCUGUCCUCUGUCCUUCAUCUUAUUCCUCUUUGUAGGGUGGGUCCUCAGCCUUGUUACCCAGGGCUUAGCCCCACUGUAAGUUCUCCACACAGCCCUGCCCUGCCUCCCAAGGCCCUGUGCUGCUGUCUUCAGAGCUUAUCUGGAAACAGACAGGCUCCAGUGGAGAGGGAGCACUGUGGAUUCUUGCUUUUGAGCAGUGAUGUCUCAGCUCCUUCAGAAUUCUGAGAGCUUUGCAGGCUGAGGCAGGGGGAUCUAGGGCAAGUUAAAGUCCUGCCUGGCUGUGUAGCAGGACCCUGUCUUGAGAGACUUCUCAAAAAUCUUAGCCCCAAUUUAAUAUAGUUGAGGCUUAUAAUACGCCUGUUUCAGUCUCUGGGAAAAUCCCAGUCCUUGCCCCUCCAGCCUCCCUCCAUACUGUUGCUCCUGCAGGCCAGUGCUGUGGUGCUGCAGCACAGUGUCCAUGUACAGUGUCAGUCUGAAGCCUCUGGAAGGACAGCGCGGCCCAGCUGCAAUGGAUGUCUGCUUUAGCCCAACUCCAUUUAUGCCUGCCGCCCCUGUUUGGUACAGAUACUCUCACUGUGUCCCAGCCUCCCUGCCACAGUGCUGGGCAUUUGAAAUCAGUCUUUGGAAAUCUAGAAAGGCUGAUGUCAGGUCUGGGGACAUGGUGGUCAGGUGUCAACCAUGAGCACAGCUGGAGGAUCUUGCUGUAGUGAUAUUCAACUCUCCCAGGCGGUGCGCUUAGCUCUGCCUUCUGUUCCCCAGUGUGCCCUCUUCACAGCUGCUGCAGCUCACGCCUACCUCACUCUCUUCUGUUGUCUUGGCAACUCACAGGUCUUUGUAGCUGUGGAGAUGCUGUAGUGCCAAAGGGUCUGACCCUUGGACACUGUAAUCUGCAGGGUGGGAGAUGACGGCAGGUCAGGGACCCCGAGCUGCAGCUUCAUCUUCAGGUCUUUUCUUUCACUCUCUAGCAGCUUCCAUGUUGGCUGUGGUGGGCUCUUAGGAGGAGUUCCUGUCCGUAAGUGGAGCACACAUACCUGGGCGUGCCUCUCGCUCCAUAUCUCCAGCUUCUCUCCAGACGUCUGCAUUUGUACUGGUGCACUGGGUCUUCAAGAUGAUUGAGGAAUUGUGGGUAGAUGGCCCUGGUACAAGUCUCUGUCACUCUGAGAGCUGAGACUGUCAAGCUUUCCCCCAAGUUGAGAGUGGCAUUCUUGGGCGCUCUUCUGGAGACAGGGUGAAUGGUGGGGAGAGAGAGCACAUACCUCAUACCCUCAGUGUGAGUUGGUGUGACCCUCCUCACACACACCCUGCCAUCCUUGCCCUCCUGGGGCACCUUGCUCUCCAGCCAAGUUGCCCUGGGGACAGGGCUGUGGAAGACACCUGAUGCAUACUCGUGUGAUGACCUUGUCCCUGUCACAGUGUUUGUCCUGUCAUUCUAGUUCCAGGGUCACGUUCACAAGGACCAUGGAUUCCAAAAGUUGUGCUGGCCUGGCCUGCCCUGGCUCCGGUGUGUUCCUCUUCCUGGAUGUGCGUCGUGCAAGUUGAUUCUGUACCUGGUAAAACCUAGAACACACUUGUGUUGUCACCACUUGGACGUAGUUGUGUUUGUAAGGAUCUAAGAAGUCAUGGUGUUGUCGGUGUUGAGUGCUUGGAAUAAAUGAAGAGCAGACCCGCU